UCCUGUUCACACACUCGCUCCCGGCAGCCACCAAAGCAUCGCCCGACUGAGACGCGGCGUGGUCGGGGCUCACCGCACGGCCACAGCGCCCGGCGAGCAGGGUCACCGCACGCAUCCCCACCCUCUCCUCUGCCCACAGCCCCCCGGGACACCAGGGCAGCCGGGACCCCCGCAGGACUGCCUCCCCCCCCUGCAGUGUGGGUGCUCUACACCGAAGACAUCCCCAUCGGCAGCACCGAGGAGGAGGAAGAGAUGAGAGCUGAGGCCGAAGGGCUGCAGAAAACCUCAGAGCAAACGCCGGAGCCGACGAAGGAGACGGUGCCGGCGGGGGCUCGGCCGCCCCCCGCGGUGCCCAAGGGGAUGCGGCUGCACCUGGGCAGCCUCUGCCCCCUUCUUGUGCCCCAGCCCUGCCCCUGUGGCACCCGCUGCCCCCCGUUCCUGCUGGCCCCGCACCCUGCACCACCCGUCGCCCCGCUGGGUGACACGCGGGCCCUGGCGUCACCUCCGCAGGGUGGCACGGGCUGCGGUGCCCUCCUGCAGCUGCCACCCUCCCUGGGGACGCACGGCACCGUCUCAGCCCCAUGCAGGCAGCGGGUGCCUGAGCUGCAGAAGGCACCGGUGGCUUUUCUGCCUCUCCCCACAGCGGGUGGGUGCCCGCCACCCCAAAAAGCCCCCGCCUGCCCGGCCAAGCCACCCGCCCGUGCCACACUGGGGCCGCGGGGGAAGCAGGACGGCAGGAACAAGUACGAGUGCCGCGUCUGCACCAAGCGCUUCAGGCAGCUCUCCAACCUCAAGGUCCACCUGCGGGUGCACAGCGGCGAGCGGCCCUUCCAGUGCGCGCUGUGCACCAAGCGCUUCACGCAGCUGGCCCACCUGCAGAAGCACCGCCUGGUGCACACCGGCGAGAAGCCGCACCAGUGCCCGAUGUGCUGCAAGCGCUUCCGCAGCAGCAGCAACCUGAAGACGCACCAGCGGCUGCACGCGGGCCAGGACCCCAUCCGGUGCCGCCUCUGCCCCGGCCGCUUCUCCCCACGCAUCCACCUACAGCUCUGCCGGUGCCUGUGCGAGUGCUGGCACCUGCCCCGUGCCCCCCUGGACCCCCGGAGCCUCCUCGCGCAAACCCUGGGAUGCUUCAGCCUGGGCAUGGGGUGGCUGCAACGGGAGGAAGAGGAGGAGGAGGAGAAGGAGGAAGGGCAGAGCUGCCCCGCGGCACUGCUGCGGGGCUGGGUGCUGGGGGAGGGGGGGACGGGGCUACCCGGGUGGGCAGGGGCGCACGUGGGGUGCCCUGUGCCUGCCUGGCCCCGCUUUGGUGGCCCCUGGAGGCAGCCGCGUGCCCCGUUGUGGCUGGUCUGAGCUGAAGCCGUGCCUUUGUGCCGCAAACGCCCCUUUCCAUGGAAAAAGGUUUA